AUGGCUAUGGAGUACCGACACAGCCGAAAAGGUCCAGACUCUCGCCGCACGGCCUCACACGAUAGCGCUCUAGGGAUACUCCGCGAUCCCUCCUCAAAAUCUCACUCCACGUACCAGCUCGGAGGCAUCACAGAGAAUGGCGGACCCGUUCACCUCCUACCUCAUCACACCAUCGGAAUACCACCAUGUAGUCUCGACGAAAACAACAGAGCGGCGGAUCGUACCACUGGCCGCUGGCCGGCCGGCGCUGCUCCCCGCGUUCGAAGCGCGGCAUCUCCCUGGUUCGAAGUACGCUCUCCUACCUCCCUUGCUACAGGCGCUGCGAUGAGUCGCUAUGCUAUGGUGUCGGCACCGUCUACUACAGUAUCUAGCACCGUCAACUACAGUGUCAACUACUUCAGACGACCGCUCGUAUCUCCACACAGCUUUACUACCCACCUAUCCACCUACCUCAAACCUGACCUCCCUAUCACCGCGUACACCCCACACCCACAAGACCAAAAAACCACGUACCAACACGCUAUGCCUAGAUUCUUCGACCAGUCCCUCAUCCGCGACACCACCUCGCCCUACCCCCUCAUGCUCCCUUCCGCCGCCGCCUUCGCCGCCGCCAUGACGGCGCUCGACAUCCGGCCCUCCGACAUCCUAGUCGUCUACGACGCCUACGAGAUCGGCACGUACAGCGCACCGCGCGUGGCGUGGAUGUGCACGUUUUUCGGGCGCGCCGGCGUGCACAUCCUGAAUAAUUUCCGCGUGUAUGUGGAUUGUGGGUUUCCUAUCUCAGGGGGAUUUUCUCUAGCGGGUGGGGUGGGGAUUGGGGUUGGGGUUGAAUGGGGGGAGGGGGAGGGGAAGGGGUAUCCUAUUCCGACCAUCGCGGAGCCGGAUAGGGUGAUUGUGUAUGAGGAGGUUAGGGGGUUAGUCGGGGAUGAGGAUGUCAGGAUUGUGGAUGCUAGGAUCGCGGGCCGGUUUAGUGGGCUGCAACCUGAAGACGAUAACAGCUUGCGGUCGGGUCAUAUCCCUGGUGCGAUUAAUGUGCCGUUGGCGAGACUAUUGGAUGAGACCUCCAAGGUGAUUCUGCCGGCGGCGAAACUCAGGACUGUCUUUGAGGAGGCGGGCCUUUCGGUUGCGAGUGAGGCUCCGCGCUCGUGGAUCUUAACCUGUAACUCUGGCGUUACUGCCGCUGCGCUCGAUCUGGCGCUCGCGGAGAUAGGUGCGAAGGGUCCUAGAAGGUUAUAUGAUGGUAGUUGGAUGGAGUGGACGAGGCGCGCGGAGGAUGGGCUGGUCAUUGCGGACACGGACGCACACAGCUGAGGCCGCUGUUCUGCUCAUGAUUGUUAGCCCACAAUAACAUCAUUGAUCCCCGCGAUGGCUACUGGUGGUCUACUGGGCCAGCGCGCAUGGGUCCUGCCACGCAGCCGGCCAAUUUAAUUCGGUCAGCCAAUAAACCCAGCGAGCUGUAGUAGGUCUGCCACUCAAGCAGUUCCGGCAGACUUCUCAAAAUUGUUGAAGGCCGUAUGAUUUCGUGUUCUAUCGA